UGUAAGGGCCGCUAUUGAAUUAUUCUUGCCUUCGCUGUUUGGCGCGAAACUGUCAGUUUUGUAAAAAAUAUUGCAGCCAAACAACAUGAGACAAACUUCAGUUGUGUUAUAACGGCUGUUACUACAGCUUAUCGUUUUUUCGGAUAUUGAACACGGACAUGAAAACCUAAGACUGAAAACCAUUAAUAUUGUCAAAUGUCAACAACUGUAAUGAAACAAAGUCAAAGACGCUCUCGCUUUCGGUAAAGUGUGUUUGUCCUUUCAAGAGCUAAAUCAAUGCUGCAAUAGUGUCAACUAUCAUUAAAUUAUAUUUUAAAUUAGUUGAUGUAAAAGAUUUUAUCAAAAUGGUGCGCAAAAGACAAGCCAAAAAUACCAAGAAGCCCAUCCAAAAAGUUCCUCCGACGUCAUCUUUUGCUGAAUCGAACAUAACAAUGAGCGAUAUGCUUGGAUCAGAAAUCGACUCAGAUAACAAUUAUUCACGAGCAUCUAUGCCUGGUGAUCGUUCGGUUACAGACAUAUCCGUUUCCCAACCGAUAAGAAAACCGUUGGUCGUCACCGGGAGCACAUCUACAGUGCCCAAUACCAGCAAAUCACUAUCGUCAUCGAUCCAAAGUGACCAUUCGAAUGCGGAAGGAUCUAUCGUUUACGAUCCCCCCUCGGAAACAGAUUUCACGCAAAGUGUCACCGAGGAACUAUCAAAUUCUGUACCAUAUCAGGACCCCGACAAGAGCACCGCUUCUCGGAGAAAAUCAACAGCACCCACGAAAGCAACCAGGAGUAACACAAAGGCCAUGCAAGAAAUUGCCAGAUUGCAGUCUGUCGUUACUCCAGUGAUUCCAAAACUUCCAUUUGCCCGAUUAAUCCGAGAGGUUCUGAGUGAAUAUAGUCAUCAUAAUCUGCGCAUUACGGCCGAAAGUCUGAUGUGUCUGCAGGAAUCGGCCGAAACCUAUGUAGUACAACUGAUGGAGGACGCAUACCGGUGCACACUGCACCGGGAACGGAUCACGCUUAUGCCCAAGGAUAUACGACUAGCAGUUAUGUUACGCAAAGAUAGUAUUAUGUUAUAGGAGUUUGUUUGUGU